AUGGAUUACGCAAUAGCGAAAAGGAUCGUAGUAUUUCUGAUAACACUUGUAGCAGCAAGUGAACUAGUAAAAGCAGGCUGCGAGCUGAAUGAUUUAGAGCGACGAAUUUGUGAAGCUGAAUUAUCCUGCUCUUACGACUUCGAGCCAGGAUUAAGUCUAGUCACAGACUGGUCCUGCAUACAGCAUGACUACAAUGAUUAUAACUACGGUUUUGACGAAGAUUACAUUAUUUACUUAAAAGCAGACAACAUCGACGAAACACAUUCACUCAAUCCAUUCAACUUGAUUUACCAGCUAAGCGAUCAUAUACAUACCCUAUCGAUUACAAACGGAAAAAUGAAUUCGAUUCCAGGAGGACUUUUUUAUUUAAAUAAGGCGACAAUGAUAGAUCUUUCACAAAACACGAUAGAAUUGAUAAAUUUAGAUGUAUUCUCGAAACUGAUUAGUUUAAACGUGCUUAAUGUAUCCUGCAACCAAAUAGCGGAUUUAGAAGAUUAUGAGAGAAUGACUGCCACUGGCUUCAGUCAAGUACAUACAAUAGAUUUGAGUCAUAAUGCUAUUAAAGAUAUACCUGAUAACUAUUUCAGUCGAUUUCCAAAUCUACUUCACUUAAAUCUUUCCCACAAUUAUAUCAAAAGCUUCGGAGUACUUGCAUUUGAAGGCUUAAUACAGCUCCAAACACUGCAUAUCUCAGAUAACGAACUAACUAAAAUAGGUGUCGUUUUUGCAAGUCUAACAAAUAUAAAAGAAUUGUUUUUAGAUCACAACUAUUUAACAAAAAUAGAGAAAAGCGAUUUUAACACGAUGUCCACAUUGGAAAAACUUAAUUUAAGUUGGAAUAGUUUAUUUGGUUUUGAAGACGAAACGUUUGAUCCCUUGGUUGCAUUAAGAAAAUUGGAUUUAAGCAGUAAUAAAAUUAAUACUAUCACAAAAAAAAUAUUUCUGCAUAACUGUAACCUACAAUCACUAGAUAUAUCAUUGAAUGUUAUUUCUAAAAUAGAACCAGGAGCAUUUGAGGGAAAACAUAUACAAGAAUUUAAUAUCAAUGAUAAUCCGAUUUCAGGGUAUUUGCCCAAAAACACAUUUCAAGGAAUUUUCAUGAAAAAACUUGACUUGAGUGGAGCUAACGUUACUGAGCUAGGUCCUGAGCUGUUUGAGGGGCAAUUUAAAUGUUUAAAUUUCAGUAAAAAUUCCAUAUCCAAAAUACAUAAAAUUACAUUUAUCAAACUCGAACUGUUAACAGAUCUUGACUUAUCGUACAACCAAUUGCAAAAUAUAGAAUUUGACACUUCGAAUUUGAGAAACCUUUCCUACUUCUAUAUCAACAAUAAUAAGAUUAAAAAAAUACCAAAAUAUAUGUUUGCACACCUAACAAGUUUACAAGUGGUAGAUUUAUCUUAUAAUAUAAUCGAGGAAGUUGAAAUGCAGUCAUUUGAACACUUAAAUAAAUUAAAAAUAUUAAAGUUAAACAAUAACCCUCUUUUGACAGUAAUGCCUUCACAAUUUUUUAAGGGACUGGUUUCAUCUACUGUUCUCGAUUUGUCUUACACUCAUGUUAACAUGAUGAAGGAUGGCGCACUUAAUGGUAUGAAGUUACUUAAAACGUUUAACUUAUCAUACAGUAAUCUCACGGAUUUGGAAACAAAUGCAUUUAGUGGGACUGGAUCAAUACAAGUUCUUGAUUUAUCAUACAACCAAUUAGAAACUUAUUCCUUAAACAACACCAAUAUAAAACUAGUGGAAGAAAUAUAUUUACAGUAUAAUAAACUAAAAUAUAUAACGGACAAAAUUUUUCUGGAUUUAAGUGAUUUGCGAUUGCUGAGCCUUAAAGGUAAUAACUUAAUCGGCAUUGAAAAUAAUGCUUUUAGAAAUCUGCGAAAUCUUCUAAAGUUAGAUUUAUCUGCCAACCAAGAAGUGGUGUUUAAUUCGUCAAUAUUCUCUGGCUUGCAAUCACUAUCGGUGGUUUUACUUAGUAAUAUUACAUCUAGAUUUAACUUAGGGGAUAUUGUAAAUACUUCGAUCGCCGGUUUUGAUUUGUCAUCUUGCAAUAUAAGCGACAUUAAUUAUGUCUUAGUAAACCCGAUUAUUACCCUUGAAAGGUUGAAAUUGACUUCAAAUAAAAUUGUAUCAAUUAACAAAUCAUCAUUCCAAAAGCUGCGGCAACUUUCAUGGAUCGAUCUUAGCUAUAAUCAAAUCUCCAUUAUACAACCAGGGUCUUUCAGUGAUAAUGAGGACCUUAGCGUUUUAGACUUGAGUAAUAACUUACUGUCGUCGCUGAUGUUUGGCGUUUUUGAUGGAUUGGUCAAUUUAAACACUCUAGACUUGUCAAGCAACUUAUUGCAUAGUUUUAGUGCGAGCAUAUUUCACAAUACACCUCGCAUUCGAUUUUUGUAUCUAGACAAUAAUCUGAUAGAAUAUUUGGAUUUUAAUCAGUUUGGCACUGAAAAUAUCAAAGAAAUUUACUUAGGAGGUAACCGAAUACCUUGUGAUAGCUUAACUAAAUUAAAAAAGAUUUCCCACACUUUUGCUGCUAAAGCUAGGAAUGGAAUAUAUGACACAGAAAAUGUAGAUGGUAUAACGUGUAACGGUAUUAAUAACGCAAAUAAAAGUCAUGUUAAUGAUACGGCACUAACACCCAUUUCGUCUGUUUCUCUGAAUGAUUUUCAAUCAGCAGUAGAAAAAAUUAUAAACCAAAGUGAAUCAUACUCAAUAGAAAAGUUUCUAGAAGUGUUAAAUAAAACGGAAACCAAAAAUACUGCAUUUCUCGAAAAGCUAAUGAAUAGCAACCACCAGGUCACUGGCGGUAUAUACCGGAUUUUAGAAAAUAUACAAGAAUAUUUAAAACUUCAAAAUAGUGUAUCGGUUGAUUCUCAUCCUCCACUAACUGAUGAUUUAGAUAUCAAUAACAAUACCGAUAAAAAAGUUCAUUUCAAGAAACAAAUUAUGUUUGAAGAAGAUGAACACAAAGCUCAGUCCAACGCAGACUCAAAUUCGAAACAGUUGAAAUAUCCAUUAUAUUUUAUCGCCACUUGCCUUGCUGUGCUUCUGUGCAUGGUAAUCCUAUUAUUUGUGCUUUUAAUCUUUAGGUUACGAAGUACGGGCAACGCGUAUGGCAAUAACUUAUCGUGCAGUAGACAGCCGAUUUCAAAUAUGAUGGAAAUGGAAUAGAUUUACAUCAGUAG